AUGGAUGACACCAUCUUGGCACAAGAAGAAAGCGAUGAGCGCACCGGGGCGGGCGUCAUUCUCAGCAAGGAAGACCAGGCCAGAUAUGCUAAACUUUUGCGUCCCAACAUUCCUCCGCCCAUUGAUCCGUACUCCAAUGUGGCAUGGGAGGACUACGACCAGGUAGAGGAGCGCCUUGCACGCGUUCGCAUCGCCUGUUACAAGAUUGUGAAGCCAGAGGCCGCACAUGAACUCAAGGAACCGGAAGAGUACACCGAGGAUGAACUUUGUCAGGAGUCCUACUUUCGGCAUUUGGAUGAUGAUGAAAGUUUCGAGUGGUUCUUCCAUCGCGACGAUAGCCAGAAACCUGAAUUGAAUGACUACCAACGCAUUGUCCUUCGUAAUUUCCUGCCUGAUAGUUGUGAACGCCAGUACUGCUAUCACGACGAUUACCGCUCACGUUAUCAUACAUAUGAAAUUGAUUCCGUUUAUGUCAAGUACUAUGGAGAAAUAUCAAAGAAAAUAAAGUGGAUUGCAGAUUAUUUGCAUCUGGAUCGCAGUACCGAGGCGUGGAGAAACAUGUAUACUAUAGCAUGGAGGCAAGCAUUGAGGAUUGCAACACACUUUCCCCAUAUGACUGUUCAUUUAGCUGCUUUUGCCUAUAAUGAGUACAUUAUUGAGCUGAACACAUAUGCGUCCCUCAAGGACAUAGAUCUUCUCUAUUUUGAGAUAUGGAGGCUUGUCGCCAAGGAAGAUAGGAGAUACUUAGAUGCUGUGAAGGAAGUAUAUGAAAUGGACAAGUUUGCUAUACACAAAAGGGUACUACAUGCUGAACUGAAUGCGUUGCCUGUCUUUGUAACAAUAAAGCAAAUGAUUUAUUCUAUUGUCAAGGAGGGUGGCAUUGAUCUGAAGGCUAAAGAGGAUGAAGCUCGGGCUGUGUUUAGCAAGUUAGCUUUCAGGAAGCAUAAAACAAUGAACAUGGCGCAGUACGCUGAAAAGAAGAUGGAGAUCGCAGAUCGGUUGGGUUUGGACAAAAAGGUAAAUAUCCAGAAGGAUUUGUUUUCGUGGGGAUAUGAUUAUGGGAACAUUAGAUUCGUCGCCCUUGAUCUGAAAUCUAUCGCUGUCCCUUUUGGUCUGAAAUCAAUUAAUAUGAUAACAAACUUCAAAACUCUGGUGCAAGAACGAAACCCAUCGAAGCUUGAUCUUGACAAGUUCGAUUGUUUUCAGCCCAAAGGGGAAGCAUUUUUAGGCGUACCUUUUUUUGGCAGGUUUGAUUGUGGGUUCUUUGUUAUUCUGUACAUGGAGAAUCUAACAGCAAGGGGGAUGAAGCCAUUCAACACGUUUGUUUCCUUGCUUAUUGGUAUAUUUUUUGCUGAAACAAUGAAUCCUACUGGUUUUUGCGCUGAAGGAUUAGCUGGCCCGCACCAGCGGCAGCAAUUUUGCGAGUGGAGGGGACUAGCGCCGCACUGCGUGCAGCCGUGCCUGGACGGCGGACAAGGGAUUCUAUUUCUGAAACAGAAUGGCUAUUGCAGGAAGUAA